GGACUUCUCCUCGCGUCUCCUCCCACUCCUCGAAUUUUCUUUUCUUCUUAAGCUCCCCGCUCGCGCCUCGGGCCGCCGAACCCGUCGUCGUGUUAGUCGUCGUCUCCCGCCAUCUCGGCAAUACUGCGACCUGCAGCGAUAAGUGUACUAUAGGCUAUACGUAUAACGUAUACACACACAUACACGUAUACACAAACACACACGGACACGUCUGCUCACCCAUACAGUUGACGUAUGCCAAGAUGGCAGCCGCUUAGAGAUCCGUCUGUUUAUUUACUCGGCGCUUCAGUUGCCAUAUAGCAAGCAGCACUACGUAGCAGCCAGAGAGCAGCUAACGUCAAAAUCUCACCCCGUUUUCUACAAUCUCGAUCACGCGAAAUUCUCGUUUAAUUUUCGAUCGCACUGCAGCGGCCGUGCGUGCCUGCGGUAAUACCAUAUACACCAGUGUUUUGUGUAUGUCGCGCGCGACGUGACAACGACUUUUUCCGAGCCUUGUCAAGUCUCCAAGUUUCGGAAUCGAACGAUUCUCGCAUCGUAAUAGCAUAAGUUUGGUGCGUAGCAGUCUCGAGCGCAAUAGCAAAGAAGCGGCCGAGUUGACAGACCGCGUGUGACGUGUUGUGCCUGUGUGUACAGCGUGGAUCUAUGAGGCCCAGCCAGGCUCUCGAUUGUUCUGCUUUCGUCUCGGCGACGCAUUACGUUUCAAUCGCUCGAAACACUCGCAUGGACAUGCGUGACAAGAAAAAGCCCUGAUUGGGGAUGACCGCGCUCGUUAUUAUGAAUCCUAGUCCAUGAUUACCGCGUGGAACUUUGUGUCGUUUCUCAGUGCUACAUUAACCAGUGUUUCAUCCCAAGUGAACCUCGAACUGUGAGAGUUCCAAAGUGCGUUCUGUUUGACUUGAAAUUGGGUUCGCGUAGUCCUGUUUUUCUUUGCUGGACCGUGACUUUUCCGAAUUGAGAUUUCGAAAGGUCAAAAGCUUACAAUUGUUGGCCUGACGCAAGAUCCAGACAGUUUGCUACAACAGUUUGCUCUGACAAUGGCUUCUCAACAACCAGCCCUGCCACAGGAACAACCGGAACAGGUGGUCGCCGAACAAGCGGUGCAACGGGUACCAGAUCAAGGAGGCGACCCAGAGAUUGCUAAUCAACCAGAACAGCUAGUGCCCGCCGAGCAAAUAGUUGUCGCAGACCAAACAUGCAAGCCCGAAGACACUAGUAUGGAAGCGCGAGUGGUCGGGGACCUGUUGAAAAGGAUUAAAACCGAUCAAGAAUUAUCGAAUAAAAUGGAAAACUUACACAUUGAAAACAGAACCAUUAAAAGACGUAGUCGUAUAAGGGAAACAAGGAGUAAUUUUAUGACAGACCCCAUUGCAUCUAAAAAUAGCCCCCUCACGGAUUUGCGUGCAAAGUGCAGAAACUAUGAAAAGCAGAAGGAAGAAGAGGAAGCAGUCUGCUCAAAUUCAUCAUCCACUGAAACAAACAAACCAAUUGUGCGAGCAGCUCAGCUUGAUCUAAAGCAAAGUAACGAUGUUAAGCUCUUGCUAGACAAGACGCGCUCGCUUAGUCUCACACGAAAGUCAGAUGAUGAAGAAAAGACAUUUGGUGAAGGCUCUCUCUCCAAAGAUUUUAAAGAGUGUGUAACAGUUACAGACAAAACUGAAGAUAAAUAUAAUGCACCAAGCUUUCGACGUCCCCGCACCAAUUCUGCACCAUCAAUUGCUAAAAGAACUAAUGAUGGUACAAGUACAAUGCCAAAUCCUCAACAACAGCCAAAUUCGUGCUCUGCCCAAGCUCGACUACCAUUAGCUAGUGAUGGAACAACUGAAUAUGAACUUUGUUGUUAUUUUGAUGAAUAUGUUCAUAUACCUAAAAAAAUGUCUUUCAUGGCUGAACAAAUGUAUGUUUAGGAGUGAAGAUUUCAACACAUUUAUAUGAAUAUUUUAUACAUUAAUGUUUAGAAAAAGAUUCGGUACACGCAGAUCUUAAUUGUUAUGAGAUUUUUCAAAAAUUUGUUCAACCUUCUUAUGUUGAAUUACAUCAAGGCAGAGACGCGGUAAAAAUACAACUAUUUAAACUUACUUUUGGAAACUUCUUUUGCAAACAGCUCAAUAAUGUUCAAAAACAUUAAAAAAAAGUCACCAUGUAAAAAUUUUCAAAACUCUUUAGUAAUAGUCUCAAACGAUUAUCGAAAUUUUCAUCUUUACUUUUGACAUCCCAAAGUAAAAUAGGAUGAAUUGAAGAAAAUUUUAAAAAUUUUUAUUUAUAAAACGACAUUUUUCAUGUGCAAAUUUGUCUAAUUCUGGAGAGCGUUUACAGUAGAAUACUGUUGUGUUUAGUCAAUUGUUGAAUCUAUAUGAAUACUAGUUUGAAAACACAAAUUUUAGUAUCAUUAGAAAAAUACGACUCUUUCUAUUCAUUAUUUGUGAUUUAUAAGAGAUAUUUUUCAUAAUUAAAUUAUAUUUUAUGUAUCUUAAGAACAAAUUUAGUCAGUAUAUUUUGAUUCAAUGCAAUUCAUGGUUUUGAAAAGACUGUAUGGUAUACUGUUUAUUUAUCUGCAUAAAUUCGGAAAGAUGAAGAAAAUUCUGUCUUAUCAUCCACAGCUAUGUAUUUGUUUUAAUUAGCUGGACUAAAAUUCGUGAAUGAAUGUGUUAAAGUCAUACUAAUGAAGAAAAUUUCUAUACACUGUUAGUAUUUGCAUCAAUCAAAUUUUUAAGCUAUAAUCAAAAAAGUCCAACUUGUAAAAAAUCUUCACUGGACUUUGAUUUGAUUCCUAUUAUAUGAUACAUUUUAACGAAUAUUCUCUUUUUUAUAGUCACCUGUAAAUAUGUAUGUUUUGAGAAAGAAGAGAAUAAAAUUUUUAAAUGCAA